UCUAGAUCCAUUGAACCCACCGUUUUCUCCUGUUUCAUCUCUCUCUCUUAGUCUCUCCUUUUAAAGCUGCUCAUUCUUUCUCUGCAAGCAACAACGCGAUCACUCUCUCUCCUCGCAACCGACUUAGCUGCUAGUUAAACCUGCGCGCUCCGCCAAGAAGUUGCCAAACAUAUCCUAUGGAUUCCACAAAAGGGGACACUGGAAAACCUUCAUUGGCUGCAAAUGUUACUUCAUGUCGAAAGAAGAAGAAUGAAGAAGCCACUUUUUUGGAGGACGUGAAAGAUCACAUUGACGAGUUUAUUCAUGCUUCUAUGGAUGAGCAUAAAACUUGCUUCAAGAACACAAUUCAGAAGAUGUUUGGUAUGUCCAAGGCUGUUGCAGAGAGGAACACCACUGACGCUGCCAAAGAAAGGAACACCACUGUCGCUGCCAAAGAAGUUGAGAGUUCUCUGCCUCUUCAGACAACUUUGGAAGGGACGUUGAUGGGGUGUUCGUGGAUUAUGGUGACGGGCGUUGUCGGAUUAGUGAGCAAGCUGCUAGCGCGUCGCGGUUAUUGUUAUGAUUGUUGGUUGCUGUGGGGGCAUUGGGUUGCUUGUCUAACCGAUGGUUAGGUCAUUAUUGGUUGAGAGACGACAAUUGAUGGAUUGAGGCUAAUAUAGGAAUGACAAAGAGAAGUUUGGAGUGAGAGAAAUGAAAG